AUGCUCCUUCAGAAUCAGCAUAAUGCAGAGCUGAUGUUUCGGAAGAGCCAUAAAGGGGGUGCGACCAUCCCACAAGACUCGUAUCCCUUCCACAAUUCCCAUCCAUCGACAGCUAUAGCCGAUCCCGACAGACGAAUGGUUUUGCAAAGCCCUAUCAUAUGGGUUCCAGGUGUCUUGGAGGGGACAGCUGAUCUAAGAUACGUGUCCCUCUUACAUAGUGAAUUCCAAACACGGAAAUUCAACGACUAGUACAUGUAGAUGCC